UCUUCUUUAAUCAUCUCCAAAGAAAUUAUGAGGGGAAAAAAUGGCCCGAGACGAAGAGUGGAGGCAAGCAGCAGAUACUCACAAAAUGAGUCCUGAAGAAGUGAAGGCAGCAGGAGUAGAGGGCUCCAAAAGGCCACCAGGCCAUAACCCAGGAGGGGUCUUGCACCAGAGGCGCAAUUUGCCUUUCAGCAAAACCACCAUUACAGUAGCUGGCUUCUUUAUCACUGCUGCUAUUGGAUACAUGGUCUUGUAUGCCAAGAAAAAGCCUGAAGCAAGCGCUAGAGAUGUUGCCAAAGUUGCCACUGGUACUGCUGACCCUAGAGAUACUCAUCCUAGGAAGUAAAUAUAACUGUAAUUUUGUGUUUUUUCUGUUCUGUUCGUUAUCUAAUAUAUGCAUUACUUUUAGUGUUUA